CUCAGAUCAGUCAUUUUUUUUCACAACCCCCAGCCCCCCCUCGCCGGAAAAUCGGCCCUUUCACAUUCUCCCUCGAUUUUCCGGCCAUAACUCCCUCUCCCGACCUCCAAAUCGCAAACCGCGAGCGCCCCCACGCUCCUGGCGUCGAGGAGCACAUUCCCCAACGCUUUGGGCUGAUUUGGCUGCGGUUGGGUCGCCGGCGGUGAGUUUUCCGGCGAGUCUCCGGUGUGUUUUCCGGCGAUUUUGGGUGCUUCUCUCCACUUUCUUCCUCUUUCUCGUGGUAUCUUCUUGAGUCUCCAGGUGUGUUCUCUUUGUCUUUUCUUAUAUUUUUGGAGAAUCGAUACCUAGAGUUAGGAGAAGAACUUUUAAUUGUGGAAUGCAUGGUUUGGGGAAUAUUUUGGGGUUUGGGGGAUGAUUGGGCUGAUUGCAUGUUGAAUGGCCUGUGUGAAUUGUGAUUUUUCUGUGAUGCCUCGAUUGGUGCUAUUUAGAGCAGUUGUGGUUGCUUGUUUAACCGGGGGCCUAGUCCACUGUCCAAAUCGCUUGAUUUGAGGGUCCCCGGUGUGUUCAGCUAGUAUUUCUCGUAUGAUGGGUAUGUUUGUGUCGCCGGGAGUCUAGCCCACUGUCCAUAUCUACCGGUAUGAGGACUCCCGGUGUGGUUUGGCCUAACAUUGACCCCGUUUGCUUGUGUACCCUUUGUCCUUCAUUGUGUUUUGCAGGAUCAUGGAGGAUUAUCUUGACCGGCUGAACAUUAUCCAGCGCCAUAAGCUGCGGAACCUCUGCCCCCGCAAAAUCGCCGAGCACCAUCACCUCGAUUGGGAGGUGUUCGAGGAGCUUAGUGCCAGGCCACAGAUGGAGGUUGCGGUCUGCUCCCCUGCCUGGAGGCGUCUGCUCACCCUUGCUGAGCCGACCUACAAGGAGUUGGUCUUGGAGUUCUACGCCACCUUCACUCACACUCAGAAGGGGAAUUCCGAUCACGCUAAUGCAGUCCAGUUCACUCUCGGUGGGGUGGAGCACUCCCUCAGCUACUGGGAGUUCGCCAAUGCACUUCGCCUCAACUCCCGGGAAGCUGGUGGGCCGCCUCUACGCCUUGAUCUCGCUGAUCCCACGGACUUCCCUUCUCAGGCGUACUUUCAGAGCAUCUGCCUGCCCGACAGUGUGGAUCAACAGUACGUGGCCAGCCAGACGCGGGCUUCUCUCCUCCGUCCGGAGUGGCGGAUCCUCAACCACCUGAUGUGCACUUCCUACACACCCAGCGCAGGCUCGGCCAACCGGGUCACGCUCCGUACACUCUGGUUGAUGCAUGCGAUGGGUCGUUCUGAGGACACCAUCCAGCUGGGCUCUGUACUGGCGAGGACAUUCACGAAACCAGCCAUCAGCACGACUCGCGCCCUCGUUUGUGGGCCGGUGAUCACCGCCCUGGCCCGCAACUACGGGGUGGAUUUCACCUGGAUGACUUUGGUGUGCGCGCCGUCUCCACUCAGCGAGGCUACUCUUCGCAACCAGCACCUGCUUGCUCACCACGGGCGUCAGCGCUGGAUCGAGGGCCUUCCUCAGCCACCUCCUCCUGCCGAGGGUGACCAGGCCGAGUCGAGCGCCGCUGGUGGGCGCCGAGGUCGCCGUCGCAUUCCCCGUCGGGCUCAGGCUCCCGCGAGCCCCUCUCCUGCUCCCCGGUCUCCUUCUCCUGGGUCACCUCCUCCAGUGGUGGUGCCCAUCUCCGAUCAGUUGGCGGCGAUCUCACAGCAGAAUGACCGCAUCCUGGCCGGCCAGGAGCUCCUCCACACCCGUCUUGAUCGUGAACGGGACCGAGGGCGUCGUAUCUUGUCCGGGCAGCACUACAUCAUGUCCUACUUGGGCUUGGACCCGAACGCGGUCCACUACCCGUUCGUGCAGUCCCCGGGGUUUGAGGAUGAGUACCCUCCACCCACCGGCGAUGGUGGUGAUGCUGUCUAGAGCGGGUUUUGUACUUUAUCUGUUUUCCAGACUGAGACUCCGUGAUUUGUGGUUUCGUUUUGUUUUGUUUUAUCUCGGAUUGUAGACUUGGUACUCUGACUUCUAUCACCCAGUGUGUGUUUUUGUGUCUCUAGCUCUGUGCCCCUUCUUUUGGCUGGUCCGCCAUCCAGUCAGCGUUCCUGACCACUGUUUCACGGUAACAUCGUUCCCCUUCCCUCUGCUCCAUUGAGGACAUUGUCGCGUUUAAGUGUGGGGGGGUUCUUUGUAUGAAUUGGAACGUAUAUAUAUGUGUGCUUGGAGCCUAGUCCACUGUCCAAAUCUUGAGAUUUGAGGGCUCCAAGCACGGCUGUUUGCUUGAUUGAUCGUAUUGGCACCGUGGAUAUGAUUAGUGAAUUGAAUGGCUUUUGACUUGAUACAUGGCAACUUGAGUGUGACUUAGACGACUUAUCCUGAUGACUGAGAUGUGCAGUAGAAUUGUGUAGGAGUUCAGUUUCUCAACUGUCUGCUCACCAAAUGUGACUUGGUUUGAUCACUUGCUUUUGACAGUCAUUUAUGCAUCUAGUUCAGGGAAUCAGAACGAGAGAUAGAGCAUAUAGGUAGCCAUGUGAGACUUGAGCCUGCUCGUUUCUUUCUUGUGCGAUAGUUUUCUCUUCCAUGAUAUGCAGCAUUCACGUUGUCAUUAGCUAAGAUGAUGGAGGCAUAGGAUUAGCCCACGACCAAAUUGACUGUCCUAGUGUGUCAUACCCCUAGUCAGCCCCUUUGAGCCGUGUGUUUCCCUUUCUUUCGGUCUUCAAUGAAAAGUCACCCUUUUGCAUCUUUUAGAAGGUUCCACAGAGUGAUUUUUACUUCUUCUCUGCUGUUUCUGCUAAAUGUAAUGUGAGGGUUGGAGGUACUGCUUAAAAGUUGGGCAAGUGUUUGAAAUUGUUCAGAGGUGGUGGUUUUCUUAAGAAAUGAAAAAAAAAAUAAUGAAAGAAAAUCAAAGAAAAAAAUGAAAGCAAAAGAGCACCACCACCAAAACUCUGAGUAAUGCCCAUGUAAUAGUGUUUCUUAGCAGUCUGGCUUAGAAAUACUAGCAUUUAUGUAACCUCCUUCGCUCUUGUGUUUUGAACUUGAGUAAUGCAGAAUAGCAGAAAGAAAGUUAUGGGUUCGAUUGAUUGUGAAUCUGUUGGGUUUGGAAAUGUGGAACCUUGUGCUGUAUGAAUACUUCCACCACCUAAAAGGCCUUUUCCCCAUGUCCAAGACCCUAGCCAGUCAUCUGAACCUGUGUCUAAGACCUCCGGAUUAGUUAGUGAUGACACCCCAUAUGUGACUCUAGCACUUAGAGGCUGCAUUCAUGGUGAAGAGAUGUUAGGGAUUGAAUUGAGCAUGCACAUUUUUCGCAUCAUAUUGUCCUGACCCCACUGGUCGAGAGUGAGCGAUUCAUUUUCUCUUAUUCUGUGUACUCUUUAUCCCGGUGAGGACCUAGAUUGCUCGGUCUUAAUUCUGAUAUCUUGAACUUUGUGUAUGAUGUGACUGUUUCGAACAAGUGGUUGAGUCAAGUCUAUGUUGGUUGGUGAACAGAAGGGAGACCCUUCUUUUGCUCGAUUUUACUGCAUUCGAAUGUCAUCUGUGGUGGUUGUCUAGGUUGUCAGUGAGGUUGUCCAUGUGUUAAUGAUCGAAAGCCAGUAUGAUCCACGUGUUUUGUGCCGAUAUGUCAUGCCUUGUUGUUUUGAGCUUACCUUGUGUCUGACUUGGUUUGCUUGAGGACAAGCAAACGGUUAAGUGUGGGGGAGUUUGAUAACGAUGUAAUUGCACAUGUUUGCGCCCCUAGUUCUUAUCCGUUUGAGGGGCAUAGUCGUGUGUUUUGGCCUAUUUUACGCCGGGUUGUGCUAUUUUGUCAUGUUUCAGGUCCCAGGCGUUAAAGGGAAGGCUAACCGCGAGUUUCGGGGCAUUCGGAAGUCAUUUCGGUGAGCUGGAGCCAAAACACGGGCAGCCCAAGGAAUUACACGGCCGUGUACUUCUGGCCGUGCUUUUUAUGCCGAGAGCAUAUUCAGUUUGGCCGAUUCAGCUGCAAACACGGGCACCGAAGCACGGCCGUGUUCAGGCAAAGCACGGCCGUGUACCUCGCGAAGCACGGCCGUGUUUCCAACAGCUGCUGGCCGUGUAAUUAAACACUGGCCGAAACACGGGCAGGCUCAGGCAAAGCACGGCCGUGCCCUCGACCGUGCUUUGGCUGAUGCCUUUUUAAGCAGAUUUUCAGCCAAACAGAAGGGGAUUCGAGUUUUUGAGAGAAAGAACGACUUCUAGAGAGAGAAAGUGACGAGCAAGAGUUCACAAGUGCCCUAGAUUGAUCUUCAACACCAUUGGAGGCCAGCUUGAGCUUGGAGAAGUGCCAAUCAACGUCCAGAAGCAGGAAUCCAUCCUUCGCAGUAUGAAUUCCGUGUCUGAAUCUGCUUUUGCUUUCUUCUCUAUGGAGUAGUUCUCCCAUUCAUCUGGGUAUGGAGAACCCUAGAUUUGUAUGUUAGGCUUUGAUUGUAUGAACCCAAGUACUGAUUCUGUGAUUGAUUAUAUUCGAUUGAGGUUUUAAUGAUUGAAUGACUUGAAUCCUGAUCAAAUUCCUGUUGUUUCUGCUUUAACCUAGAAUGAGAAUAUCUGCCUAGGUUAAUAGAGUAUCCUUGAUUGAAGGUAGGGAGUUGGUGACUUUAGUCGAGGAACCAACUCACUAUUCUGUACCGGAUUUACUCCGGUAGUGGAGGUUUUGUUCUUAGGGCCUCAAUCUAUCGACUCCGGUGGAGGUUAGUCGCCCGCUAGAGAGUCAGAUUGAGAGGGUCUGAAGACCUUUAGUCGAGACUUCAGGCUGUUUAAGAACCUUCCGCAGUAUAACCAUCAUAGAAACUGAACUUGGUAAUUACAAUCCGGCUUAACUGCAGUCUAGGGGGAACCAUAUCCGGGUGACCUCUUUAACCUUAAUACAACCGUUUACCUGCU